AUGCUUGGACGAGAGGCAGGACCUAAGGUCGAUUUAGCUGCAGUUAGCAAGGGUUUAAAUGAGGUCAUGACAGUCUUACAGUCUUGGAGCAAACGCAAGUUUGGAAACGUUCUGCGGGAAUUGGACAAAGCUAGGAAACAGCUAGAGCUCCUCAUGUUAAAUGGUGCGAGCCAGCAAGAAAUUCGUAAAGCGUCUGAUCAUUUGCAGGAAAUGCUAUAUCGCGAGGAGCUUCUAUGGCUGCAGCGCUCUAGAAUUAGUUGGCUCAAAGAAGGAGACCGUAACACUCGCUUUUUUCACCAAAAGGCAGUGUGGCGGGCGCGGAAGAAUAAGAUAAAGAAACUGAAGGAUGAUGAUGGAAACUGGCAGUCGACGCCAUCUGAUAUGGAGAGAAUGGCGACAUCCUAUUUUAAGGAAUUGUUUACUAGAGACCCUUCCUUAAUUUCAGAUGAUCUUGUGGGCUUGUUCCAGGAAAAGGCGCCCGGUGUAGAUGGAUUCCCGGCAAGAUUUUACCAGCGUAACUGGGCUACGUUGAAAGCAGAGGUUGUCAAUGCAGUAAAGGUGUUUUUUGCUUCUGGAAGAAUGCCAGAUGGCAUAAAUGAUACUGUCAUUGUCCUUAUCCCCAAAACAGAUAAUCCGGAGACGUUGAAAGAUUUUAGGCCUAUAAGCCUGUGCACGGUGCUAUACAAGGUUCUAUCCAAGUGCAUGGUCAAUAGACUAAGACCAAUUCUUGGGGAGCUCAUCUCAAAAAACCAGAGCGCUUUCAUCCCCGGAAGAUUGAUAACUGAUAAUGCUUUGGUAGCUUUCGAAUGCCUUCACUUCAUGGAGCAGAAUUCAAAUCCGGACAAGCAGUUUUGCGCUUACAAGCUGGAUCUCUCAAAGGCAUAUGAUCGGGUGGAUUGGGUUUUUCUUCAGAAAACGCUGCAGAGAAUGGGGUUUGCACACCGGUGGGUCGAUUGGAUAAUGUUAUGUGUGACCACGGUGCGGUAUACUGUCAAGUUUAAUGGAUCCCUUCUUGAUGCGUUUUCGCCUUCCCGGGGUCUCCGGCAAGGUGAUCCCCUGUCCCCCUUUCUGUUCCUUUUUGUUGCCGAUGGUUUGUCAGCUCUGUUAAACAUGGAAGUUCAGAGGAAUACAAUUGAACCCAUCCACAUUUGUAGGCGUGCUCCGGGUAUUUCACACCUCCUGUUCGCCGAUGAUAGUUUGCUCUUUUUUAAGGCAGAUGUGGCUCAGGCCAACAGGAUAAAGCAAGUGCUAGGAGCUUUUACUGGGAGUACUGGUCAGCUCAUAAACCCGGGGAAGUGCUCCAUCAUGUUCAGCUCGUCUUGCCCUCAGAUUAUUCGAGAUGAGAUUAAGAAUACUCUGCAUAUAACAGCUGAAGCGUUUGAAACGAAAUAUUUGGGUCUGCCUACCCCCGAGGGUAGGAUGAAUAAAGAGAGGCUCCAGAGCAUCCAAGCAAAGUUAGGGAAGAGGUUAACCACUUAUGAGGACAAUUUCAUGACACAGGCUGCUAAAGAAGUGCUCAUUAAGUCUGUGGCACAGGCGCUUCCAGUUUACCUCAUGGGAGUUUUUAAAUUGCCAUAUGGACUCUGUGAUGAACUUACAAAAAUGAUUAGAGAUUUCUGGUGGGGUGCGGAGAAUGGCCAAAGAAAAGCUCAUUGGAUAGCGUGGGACAAGCUCCUGCGUUCCAAAGACCAGGGAGGUUUAGGGUUUAAGGACCUUCGUUUGUUCAAUCAGGCUCUUCUCGCUCGUCAGGCCUGGAGGCUCAUCCAAUUCCCGGACUCUCUAUGUGCGCAGUUGCUAAAGGCCAAAUAUUUCCCUAAUGGCAACCUGAUUGAUACUGUCUUUACAGGAAACGCCUCAUCGACGUGGUUGGCGAUCGAGCAUGGGCUGCAACUUCUGAAAAAGGGUGUUCUGUGGCGGGUAGGAAACGGUACAAAAAUAAGAACAUGGCGCGACCCCUGGAUACCACGAGGGGAUUUCAAGGCUAAUGCACCACGUCGAAGCUGUAGGUUUCGCUGGGUGUCGGACUUCCUGACGGCAACUGGGACAUGGGAUAGCCAGCGGGUAAAUCAUUAUUUCUCUUCAGAGGAUGCCGUUAAGAUUCUUCAGAUAAAGACCUCAGCGAGGAAUGAGGAUGACUUCCUGUCUUGGGCUCCAGAGCAAACAGGUAUCUAUACUGUGCGCAGUGGGUACCGCCUUGCAUUAGAGGAACAUCUUCAUGGUCAUGGCCUUGAAGCUACUAGCAGUCGGCCAAAUGGCGAACGUCCAAGUUGGAAGUUGAUUUGGAAGUGUCCGGUGCCUCCGAAGGUCCAGAACCUGGUUUGGAAAAUUGGUCGCAAUGCCCUCGCCACACAAGUGAAUAAGCACAGGCGAGGAAUUAAAACUCCCCCGCUGUGUCUCAUCUGUGGACAGGAAAACGAAGAUACUUUCCAUGCGUUUGUCCGCUGCCCGCCUGCCAGGGACCUUUGGAAUGCCAUGCGAGAAACGUGGGACAUCCCGGCGGAUACUGAGCUAAAGAAUACGGGUACGGAGUGGCUGUUACAUCUUAUUCAUGGCCUGUCGGAGGAACAGCGAGCUAGAACCUUCAUGCUGCUUUGGCGGAUCUGGUAUGUGCACAACGAGAUCACCCACGACAAGCCUCUGCCAUCUGUGGAGGGAUCGAGACGUUUCCUGCUAAGCUACUUGGAAUCGCUCAUGCUGAUUAAGCAAUGGCCGGACAAAGAUGUGGAGAAGGGGAAGAUGAUCGUAUCCCAUGACAAGGGGUUCAAACGAGCCCAUGAUCCAAGCGUGGGAAGGGAGAAGGAAAAGAAGAAGUGGGUUCCUCCCAAACCGGGCGUGCUCAAAGUUAAUGUGGAUGGGUCCUGGGCGCCUAGUGGAGCAGCUGGGGCUGGGAUGGUAAUCAGGAAUAGCGAAGGCGAUGUCGUACUGGCCGCUUGCCGUCAGCUGGUUGGCUGUCAGGACGCUACAGAAGCGGAGAUCACGGCGCUAGAAGAUGGCCUGAAGCUGGCGCUACUAUGGACACACCUGCCUCUUAUUAUUGAGACAGAUUGCAUGGUGGCGCUGGACCUUAUCAAGGGCGGGUCUCCAAAUCUGUCUGUCUACGCUUUCCAGAUAUCCAGAAUUCGAGAUUUACUAAGGGAAAGAGAGUGCAAUUGCACGAAAGUGGACCGGACGGCAAAUUUUGUUAGUCACGGUCUGGCGCAACUUGGAAGAGUUCAAGCUAGAACGCAAGUAUGGUUCUCACAGUUUCCUUCUGAGAUUGCUGAGGCCCUGGACGUUGAUUGUAACUCUAUGAAUGUUCAAUGGAAACCCUACCUCCCCUGUCGCCCCCUCCUAGAGGACCCCGUCCUCGCCCCAGCAGCCGUCCCUCAGGCUGCCGCUGUUGCCGUCUCCAGUGGCGGUGGCGGCGCAUCAUGGGAGGUGGCCAGGCGUAGGCUGAGGAUGCCGGGCGGCACGGCUACUUGGUCGUGGCCUGAUGCACUUCGCCGAUCGGCAUGGAGGAGUGGAUGGAGCGUGGCGGCCUCCGCCCCGAGCGGAGGUUCGGCGGUGACGGUGAUCUACGCAUGA